CCCUUCGACUGUCCUCCUCUCUCCCACGAGUCCACGCUUCCACAGCUAGAAAAGCCUGGCAGCCAUGGUUCAGCAGUGAUGGAGACCCCAUGUACACACAGUUCCCUCCACCCUCCACCACUUGCUUUCUCAAAGAUUUCAUGUUUGCUGUGUGACUUCUGUGGCGACGAGACUGUAAACAAGCAGAAGGGAGAAAAAGGGCAGAGGCAAAACAGAAAGGGAAGAAGGGACUCUUGUGUCAGCUCUGGAUGGUGGAGACAUCAAACCCAGGGAAGUUAUUAUUCCCCUCUGUUGAGCUGAAGACAUCUGCAGAUCAAAAGAAGACAUCAACCUUCAAACUGUAGGUUUGGAGUUGAUCCAGGAUGCAGUCCUACCUCGCUCUGAUGCUGGGGAUUGUGGCCUCUGCUGUUUCAGCGGAAUGGAGGCGUCCAGUGAUCAAGUUCAACUCUAAGGUGGUGGGGAGCUCUGAAGUGGUGGUCAAACCUGGGACGCCACUAGAUUUGAGGUGCGAGGGUGAUGGACAUGUAAACUGGCAAACCAGGCUAGCCAAACACAGACGCUUUGUGUCUAAAGGCAAUGGGAAUGUCCGCACCUUAAAAGUGGAACGUCCAACUGCAGAAUUCACUGGAACGUACAAGUGUUUUUACGUCGCUGGGUCUCAGCAUCGAGACUUGACCUCCUCAGUGCAUGUGUACGUAAAAGAUCCAAACCGCGUGUUCUGGACCAGCAGCACAUCCCUGCGGGUGGUGAAGAAAGAGGGUGAGAGCUACCUGUUGCCCUGCCUCCUAACUGACCCAACAGCUACAGACCUUGGCCUCCGCAUGGACAAUGGCACCACUGUGCCACCAGGGAUGAACUUCACAGUUGACCGGCACCGUGGUAUUCUCAUCCACAGCCUCCACCCCAGCUUCACCGCCGACUAUGUCUGCACAGCCAAAGUCAACGGGGUGGAGAGGACCUCCAAAGCCUUUUCCAUCAACGUCAUUCAGAAGCUUCGUUUCCCUCCAUAUGUCUUCUUGGAGACAGAUGAAUAUGUGCGCAUUGUUGGGGAGGAACUCAAGAUUCGCUGCACCACGCACAACCCCAACUUCAAUUACAAUGUCACCUGGAAAUACACCACCAAGUCGCAACCAAAGAUCGAGGAGAAUGUGCGGUCCAGUGGAGAGAACCGUCUAGAUAUAGAGAGCAUAUUGACUAUCUCUGCUGUGGACCUUGCAGACACAGGAAAUAUUUCUUGCAUUGGUACCAACGAAGCAGGGGUCAACAGUUCAACCACAUAUCUACUGGUUGUAGACAAGCCCUACAUCAGGCUGUUGCCCCAGCUGUCCCCUAAACUGGCUCACAAGGGUCUUUCAGUCGAAGUGAACGAGGGAGAGGACCUGGAGCUCAGUGUGCUCAUUGAAGCGUACCCCCACAUUACAGAGCACGGAUGGCACACACCGACGUCUCCCAAUACGUCCACGCAGGAGCAGAAGUUUGUCCGAUAUAACAACAGAUACCACACAACUCUGCAGCUUAAGAGAAUGAAUGCGCAGGAGCAGGGCCAGUACACCUUUUAUGCCAAGAGUGACUCGGCCAAUGCAUCCAUAACGUUCCAAGUCCAAAUGUAUCAGAGACCUGUUGCCGUGGUGAGAUGGGAAAAUGUAACCACACUGACUUGCACCUCAUUUGGCUAUCCUGCUCCCAGAAUCAUCUGGUACCAAUGUUUUGGGAUACGGCCUACGUGCAAUGAAAACACCUCAGGGCUGCAGAUGGCGAUCCCUCUCCAGGCUCCCACAGUGGAGGUCCAGAGGGAGGAGUACGGGGCCGUGGAGGUUGAAAGCGUCCUCACUGUGGGGCCAUCCAGUCGGAGGAUGACAGUGGAGUGUGUGGCCUUCAACCUUGUCGGUGUCAGCAGCGACACUUUUGCCAUGGAGGUUUCUGAUAAGCUCUUCACCUCCACUCUGAUUGGAGCAGCAGGAAUUCUGGCCAUCCUCCUUGUGCUACUGGUUUUUCUGUUUUACAAAUAUAAGCAAAAGCCCAGGUAUGAGAUCCGUUGGAAGAUCAUUGAGGCUCGAGAUGGAAACAACUACACCUUCAUUGACCCCACUCAGCUGCCGUACAAUGAGAAGUGGGAGUUCCCAAGAGACAAGCUGAAGCUAGGGAAGAUCCUGGGUGCAGGAGCUUUUGGAAAGGUCGUUGAGGCCACAGCCUAUGGUCUGGGGAAGGAAGACAAUGUGCUGCGUGUGGCUGUGAAAAUGUUAAAAGCCAGUGCUCAUUCAGAUGAGAGAGAAGCUCUGAUGUCUGAGCUGAAGAUCCUCAGCCACCUGGGACACCACAAGAACAUUGUCAAUCUACUGGGAGCCUGCACCUAUGGAGGACCAGUGCUUGUGAUCACAGAGUACUGUAGCCUCGGCGACCUCCUGAACUUCCUUCGCCAGAAGGCAGAGACAUUUGUAAACUUUGUUAUGAACAUUCCUGAUGUCAUGGAGAGCUCAAAUGACUACAAGAACAUCUGCAAUCAGAAACAGUUUAUCAGAAGUGACAGUGGGAUCUCCAGUGCAUCAUCGAGCAGUUACAUGGAGAUGAGGCCCAGCCAGCCGCCAAAUAUGGAAUCAUCUCAUGACUGUGUGUGUGAGGAGACUGGUGACUGGCCGCUGGACAUUGAUGACUUGCUGAGGUUUUCCUUUCAAGUAGCUCAGGGCCUUGACUUUUUGGCUGCCAAAAAUUGUAUUCACAGAGACGUGGCUGCUAGGAAUGUCCUCUUGACGAACCGCAGAGAGGCCAAGAUUUGUGACUUUGGCUUAGCACGUGACAUCAUGAAUGACUCCAACUACGUGGUGAAGGGCAAUGCGCGUCUGCCAGUGAAGUGGAUGGCUCCCGAGAGUAUUUUUGACUGUGUGUACACUGUCCAGAGUGAUGUCUGGUCCUACGGCAUCCUUCUGUGGGAGAUCUUCUCUUUAGGCAAGAGCCCCUACCCCAGCAUGGCUGUGGACUCCAGGUUCUACAAGAUGGUGAAGCGCGGCUACCAGAUGUCCCAACCAGACUUUGCUCCACCUGAAAUCUACAUGAUCAUGAAGAUGUGCUGGAAUCUGGAGCCCACGGAGCGGCCGACGUUCAGCAAGAUCAGUCAGAUGAUAGAGAGACUACUUGGGGACCAACCUGAGCAAGAACAGCUAAUCUACCAGAAUGUGCAGCAGCAGGUCACAGAGGGUGAAGUGUGUGUCGAGCCCAAAUGCUGUGACGGCCCCUGUGACCAGUCUUGUGACCACGAGGAAGAAGAACAGCCUCUGAUGAAGACCAACAACUACCAGUUUUGUUGAAAGCCCCUCCCCUCUCCGCCCACCCCCCACACCCCUCCUCCCAUCCACCAAUCAAUCAGUAAAUCAAUCACUCAAUCAGUCAGCAAAGCAUCAGGAAAAGCAGGGGAAUGAGCUGUAGUUCGUGGCCAAAGCACCACAGCUUUUUGGCCGGGCGUGUCACACACACACACACACAGAGAGAGAGAGAGAGAGAGAGAGAGAGAUGCCUUCACAGCUAUUUUUUGCCGUUUUUGUGCUUGCUCGCCAGACAGACAAGCAGCUGCAGCAAGCAUGUGACUUGCUUCUUUGCAGACCAUGAGUAGAAAUUGCCACGUCCCACACCGACUGCAGACACAAAAGGAGGAAACAUGUCGACAAAACCACACAAACAUCUAAAGCUGUACCUUAAACAUUACUCACUCGCAGACUGUUUAUCACUCUUUCUGUUAUGUAUCUGAGGUAUAACCUGUUACAGUUUCUCCAAAUGAGACAAAAACCUGUCCUUUCUUCUCAGAGUAUCCUUAAUUAUAUAUUAUACACUGUGUUUUUUAUGAUGUUUUUUAUCACUGCCUCUUUGAGAAUGAAUGUCUUGUUUUUGUGGAGAUUUUGGUCACUUUUGUCAGCAGGUUCACUUCCUUAUCAUCAUUUUAUUGCAUGUAUGGUUUCUCAGAGGAAGCAACCCUGCAGUCACAAACACUGGAUCCAAAGCUGCAAGAACUGAGCUAUCUAUUUUUUUUAAUGUGGUGCAGACAAUCUAGGUUUUAUUUUCUGAUCACCUUAAUUGAACAUCUGAACAGUGCAAGUGUUUUUCCCCGGUUUAAACAUGUUAAAUUGACCGUGGAGAGGGCAAAAGAAUGACUGGGUUGUUUCCCUCUGCGCUUUGGUCAUAGCUGUAUUUCUUGUGACACACUUACAGCAGCUGUCAGUCGGCGGCAACGUGAUUGUUCCACUUCAGUCUAAUUCAUUAACCAGUGUUCAGUGGGAUUUAGGAGCAGGGAAUACAACUGAACUGAGCAGGGAAAACUGUGGAUCCUUGAUGGAUCAGAUGAACAAUGUUUCAUGUCUGACAAUGUGAACGUUUUUUUGUUUUUUUUUGGCACGGUACAACUUAAUCAUCUCAUUUCCUGUAAAGUUAGAUGUAAGUGUUAGGAUGUAAGCUUCUCCGAUGUCUAUACUGUAUGUAGCCGUCAGCCUACACUGCCAACCGUAUGAAGAUUUUAGAAUAACAUAUAAGCUAUGUGAGAGAUACAGACUGCAAAUUUGUUGACUUUAGGCAUUUCAAAUGUGCUUGCAUCUGAAUGGAGUGAGAUGUCUAAUAAUGUAUAUACUGUAUCUCAUGAUGUAAAUCAAGAAUUAUCUUUAUUUUCGCUGGAAUGUUGUAGAGUAGACAGUAGUACAUCAAUAUUUCAUAUAUAUAUGUGUGUUUUUUGUGCAAAUGACACAAUCAAUGCAAAAGCUGCAAAUUAAAUCACUGAAAAACCGCAGAGGUGUUGAAUAAAGCUUUACCAUUGAAACUCCA